CUCUCCCACGCUUUGUCUGGUGCUCAUACUUUCUUUCAAAUUUCCUCUAACCUCCAACUUCUACAAACUUCCUCUCUCUCUCUCUCUACAAGAAAUUCUUCGAAUUCUUCGAUCAUAAGCUAUGCAGUCUCAAACUCGAACGGUUCAAGUCAAGCACGUUUCGGAUCUAGCUACUGAGAGGGAGAUUCACGAGUUCUUCUCCUUCUCUGGAGAAAUUGAGCACAUAGAGAUUCAAUGUGAACAAGGGGAAUCCAAGACUGCGUUUGUGACAUUUAGAGAUCCCAAAGCUCUUGAAAUUGCCUUGUUGUUAUCGGGAGCAACAAUUGUAGAUCAGAUCGUGAGCAUAACUCCGGCUGAAAAUCAUGUACCAAGAAGAGAAAUGCAGGAAGUGCGGGUUGUGGACAAUGCUGCAUGUCUCACGCCUACAGAAAAUAGUUCUCCUAGCAUUGAGGAUUCUGCAAGCCAGCCUAGCAGUGGAAAAAUGUAUGUUAAUAGAGCACAAGAAGUAGUUGCAACUGUGCUUGCUAAAGGUUCAGCAAUUGGACAAGAUGCCAUGAACAAGGCAAAAGCAUUUGACGAAAAACAUCGGUUAACAGCUAGUGCAUCUGCAAAGGUAUUAUCCUUUGACAGAAGGGUUGGGCUCACAGAGAAAUUGACAGUUGGAAUAUCAGCGGUUAACGAGAAAGUCAAGUCUGUAGAUCAAAAGCUUCACGUUUCAGAUAAAACAAUGGCUGCAAUCUUUGCAGCUGAGAGGAAACUCAAUGAUACAGGAUCUGCUGUCAAAACAAGCAAGUAUGUGACAGCAGGAGCUGCUUGGCUAAAUGGUGCUUUUGGCAAAGUCGUUAUUUAG